AUGAUCCCUCCCACUCCUUCCCUCACCGUCGCGCCAGACGCUUCUGCGGAGCUAUUGUUGCACCUCGGCAAACCUUUUGUGCAGUUUCCGAGAUUCAGCAUUCUCGAUAUCCAACGCGAAGUCGAUGUCGAGGGCCUCCCACUCCCCUUCUCACACUGGCUGCAAAACCGGUUGCAGACGGGGCAGCCUUUCGUGAUCUCCGACUUUGACAAGCUUGAUUCGUGGCCGAAGGGCAAUCCUAGUGAUGGCCAGCAGCCAGGAUUUGGGAUCGAGAGGCUGAUCGAGUUGAGCACAAAGAAGAAUAUACCUAUACGGAAUUGCAGUACGGGCAGGGACUUGUCGUUCACGUUGAGGAAGUUUGCGGACAGUGCGCGACAGAAUCUUCAGGAGUUCCAAAAUCUAUAUGCGAGGGAUCUGCCUUGUCCGAGAGAAUGGCUGGACCAGUGCGAGGAGGUGCUGCCGACAGAGGUGCAGUGGAGUGGAAGACUGGAUCUUUUCCAAUGGCUGCCGCCAUGUGCGCGCAGUGAGGUGAUGAUGGCAUAUGUUGGGUCAGAGGGGAGCAGCAGUGGUUUCCACAGAUGCUUUUCAAGCACCGUGGCAUUGAAUCUUUUGGUUGAGGUGGCAGACGAUGAGAGGCCGGUCGUUUGCAUAGGCACAGACUUCGACUCUCAGAAGAAGUACGACGCUUUUCUCUCGGCGAAAGGAGUGAGUCCACACCUGGACUGGUACAACUUGAGUACGGACGAGAUGCUCAAGGUCGACUUUCCACUGUAUGCAUACAACCAAAAGGUGGGCGACUUGGUCUUGUUCCCACCUGCAACAGCACACCAGAUCUGGAAUCCAAGCACCUUGUGCACGAAAAUGGUUUGGAACAUCCUGCAUCCGCUGUCACUCGAGGUGGGCUUUCAGAAUGUCCAGCCUAGCUUUAACAGGCUGUGCCAUCCAGAUCUGGCCAGGACGAACCUGAGUUUGGCGUGCGCGAUGAUGUCGCUUCUACAGGACGACCAGAAUCUGCGUUCUGAACAGGCACUGGCUCUUCCUCCGGACCUGCCAUUGCUGUCAAGAUUAUUUAAGCAGAUGGUGCACGAUGAACACAUCGACUCUCCAGUGGCUACACCGAUCAGCGUAGUUACGCUACAGCCCACGGUUAUCGCGACCUGCAAUUUCUGUAGCACGGCUAUUUGGAACCGGCAUGUGAGAUGCACGCAGUGCACUGAUUUUGAUCUAUGUCUUUUGUGCUAUCUCAAUGGCCGAUCGUGUGAGCAAUCGCACGCUUACGCUUGGGCGGAGAUUGUGCCUCCCGAGCAAUGUACGAGAAUCCUCAAUCGAGCGCGAGAGAUUCUGGGCUUCCAGCCCGAGGAGCAUGUUCAAGAGACAGGCAAGAAAACCCUGGGUACAGCGGUAAACGAUCUUAUGCUCGCAAGGCAGUCGCAGACGUCACGCUUGUGCCACCUGUGUCGGAUAGACCAUCCCGAGUGGAAGGGACGACGCUGCGACAAAUGUACAGCGUUCUUCUGCUACCGAGGUCUGUUUCGGCAUUUCGACAUCAACCCCGGAGAUGUGAUCCGGCAUAGCGGCCUAUGGACGUGCCCGAAAUGCAAGGAGCUGUGCAAUUGUCGAUGUUGUCAUUUCGGUACUGCAUAUGUGAAGAGCGAGAAGCCCGCCAGCAAGCGGAGGGUCAAAGCUGCAGAUCCGCGGGGCAAGAACGUCGGCUUUGCCGAUAAUGUGUUCGAUCAGAAGCGAGGCAGGCGAGAGUCGCAUCACUCCGAGAAUGGUCAUCUUUCUGGAGUCAGUCAGCUAGCUGGACGCAAGCGGCCUCUGGUUGCAUCUUCGUCGAUGACCAGUCCUGCAACGCCGAUGCGCAAAAUGGAGCUGCCGACGCCUGAGCCGGACAUGUCUAGCCAUGCCAAGUAUCUGGAAGGCAUAGAUACAUACUCGGCAAUUCGACCAACCCUGUUACCCGGUGUCAAGAGCAUCGCCGACGGCAGCAUGAUGAUCAGCCACCAGAUGAUCGCAGCUCGAGGCAUUGGUCAGUCACAGGGUGAUCGUGCAAAUACUCUGCCACCUAUCAUCAACAACGGCGGCAUGGGAAUGGUGCGUCAAUCGAGCUAUGGCAUGAGCAACGCUGCCGCAAACGGUGUCAACACCAUGCCCAACACACCAUUCCCACUACCGUCACCGCAAGGCGGGCCACCGCAUUCCUCAACCCUAGCCCUUCUCAGAGAAUCCAUACACCCGGACACGAAGUCGCCGACAGCAAUACUGGAUGCCUCGAUCAAGGAACUGGAGCUCCAAGCGAACCACUUGAAGAAGUAUGAACAGGAUUUUAUUGAGUUGGGUCUAGAAGACAGCAGGAAAAUGCUCAGAGACCAGGUGGAGGACUUGGAGGAGAAGAUCAGAGUUAAGAAAAAAGAGAAGGGUAGGUUGUUGGUUGAAAGGCUACAAAGGGAAGGAUAUGGUGGUCUUGCAGCUGUUGUUGGGAAAGAAGCCGGCGUGGUGAGUGGUGCUGGUGAUCCGGGGCCCGGGCACCUGGUCGGCCUAGGCGUUGGAAGUGGUGUCGUUGGGGGCUCGAAUGGACACUGA